GUCUUCACGAACUUCUCUUGUUGGGCGCCCAUUGCAUUCUUUGGUUUAACAGCACUCGCCGGUUAUCCAUUGAUAAACGUGACUAAGUCGAAAAUCCUCCUGGUUUUCUUCUACCCUUUGAACUCCUGCGCAGAUCCAUAUUUGUAUGCCAUACUCACAUCACAGUACCGAACGGAUCUCUUUGCCCUGCUUUCCAAAUUUGGCAUUUGCAAGAAGAGUGCGAUGAAGUAUAAGCACAGCCUUUCGGCACCGCACACCACCAAUGUAACCGUGCAUGGCUCCAGCCUACAGCAUCGGAGUUCUUCGUCGGCCAGUAGACAGCCCGAGCUGCAAUUAAUGCUGAAGGAUCACGAGGAAUUUGUUUGAAUUUCUGAUAAGUACACUUUAGGCAAAUAACUGUGUAUGCAAAUACAUACGUAUGAAUGAGUAAAACUACGCAGUUACUCCUACCUGCAUAAGUAUGUGCACGCAUAUGUACAUCUCUACUGAUGGAUGAGUGUUGCUGAAAAUCGAACAUCUCUAUAAGCGGCUUUCUGGAAGUGUUUGCGCUUUCGAAUUUUUAUCAGAAUUUGACCACCAAAUGGCAUUAACUGUAUAUUUACGUAGUAUAAGUGCAUACACAUAUAUGUAUGCAUAUGUCUGUCUCAUGUUAUAAUAUAUGUAUUCACAAAUGUCAUAAUAAGUACUUCCUAUUAAAGUAGUAAAUACUAACUUUCGCCCGGAUAAAAGAUUGUCGUAAGGGUCAUUUUUAAAUUUUUCAGCUAUGGAUGCAGUUAGACUAUAUUUUAAAAUAAGAUCUUUCUGUUAAUGUUGUCAGUUUUUGCAUAUCUUUUUUAGUUUCCGAGAUAUUGACUAAAAUUUUAUUGGAAGUUUAGCAGUCAUAAUAAAAUAGUUUAGGUCUUUCAAAUGGUUUCAUCCAUAUUGAGUAAAAAGUUUAUUUGAUUUAUUACAAAAGUUUAUUUAAUUUAUGACAUGUUGUCAUACAAAGUGGCUUAAAAAUUGUUGACAACUGUGGCAAAGGACAAGAUUUUACUAUAUAAAAUCCUUAAUAAACUCAAAAAUAACACAGGUUUACAUAAAAAAGUGUAUGCAUGUUAAACCAAACCUAUAUAUCCUUAUGUUAUUCGACACGCUAAAUGCGAAUCCGAGGUCCGUUAGCCUCUAUCACGUCAGGUUCGUGGUCAGUCGCGAUUUCCCAAAACGUACCUACAGUAACAUACGACAAUCUAUUAUCCAAGCGACGUAAUGUGCAAAUACUGUAUUGCCCUAUUAUUACAAUUAUUACAAUAGUUCAUUAUUACAAAUAUUCAGUAAAAACUUGUAACACUUGUUACGAAUAUUCAUGUUUUGGCUUUUUCGUACGUAAAAACUGGCAAAAAACUUGCAAAGAAGGGCAAAUUGAGAAAAAUGUUGAGGGGAAGUUGCAAGUUUUGACUGGAUAAAUUUUUGCUUGUAACAAUUUGCCAGUGAGAAAACAGUUGUUUACAUGCUUCUUCUUGCUUUUAUUGAAAAGUUAAUUUGAUAAUUGCAAAAUAAUAUAGUUAUAAGUAUAGCUAGUAAUAUAUACAUAUGAAUAAAUACUUACGUUAGACAAUUUGAUUAUUAGUUGAUGAUCAAUUUUUGGUAUAUUAUUUUAGGUAUUUCAUAGGCUUAUUGAUCCCUUUUAUGUGCAAGAAAACACUGUUCUUCACGUUUUUACCCGACGUUUCGCUAAAAACCU